AAACGAAUUAAAUCUCAAAUUGAAGAAUUUCGAAAUGCCGUGUCAAACUUGGGUCCUCGUUAUAUCGAUAAUACGUCCCAAAUGGUUUGGAAAAUUGCUGAUAAGUUUUGGAAGAAAGAAUCGGAAAUAAUUUCUGCUGAAUGUCGAUCGUUGGACGAUCUUGUGGAACGAGUCAAAAAAGCUCAUCGUCAUGCCAUAACGUGGGCACAACGCAGUGCUGAGCAUAAAUUGUCGGUUAAAUCUGUGAAAAAUGUUGAUCCGAGAUCCAAAACAUCGUCGAUUCGAACUGUAGUGACAAAACCAAUGAAAAAAUGUUUUUUGUGUGAUAAACCUGGACACAUGGCAACUGCAUGUAAAAGUGAAUUGUCCAGCCUCGAUAAAAAGAAGAUUGUAUUUGAUAAAGGUUUGUGUCGUAUAUGUCUAUGGCCUGGACACAAAUCAUCGGAUUGCCGUCGAAAGGAUGUUAUAAAGUGUACAUCAUGCAAUGACAACCAUCCAUCAUCAUUACAUGGUAUAAAUUUUGACGAGACGGAAGUAAAAACAGUGGCUACCGCGGAUAUGAAGGUUGUUCGUGAAGCAACUGGAACUAACAUUGGCAAAUUCCGUGGACGUAUUGGCCGAAUGGAAUGUGAUGUGUUGAUUGAUUCUGGUGCAGACGUAUCUGUUGUCAGUAGUGAUUUAGCACCAUUGAAAUGUCGUCGUAAAGUUACACCGAUUAUGCUAUGUGGAUUCGAAAAAUCCAUGUCCCGUAUUGUGGAUCAAAUUGCCGAUAUUGUAUUAUCGCAUCCAAAUGGUGAAUCUAACUUGGAAGCAUAUGUAUCUGAUCGUGUACCAUCCAAUAACAUUAUUGUUGGUCGUGAUCAUAUGGUUAAAUUAUUUCGUGAAGGUCACCGUGUAUGGCAUACUGUAUUCGGUGAUAUAGACCUUGCAUCAAUGAAAGUGAUUAACGUCAUUGAACAACGAAGUGAAAAACGUAUUGUACAUUGGAAUGAAAAUGAUUGUCCUGAAGAAGUUGAUGAUGGCAAAAUGAAUUUACGAAUGGAGAAAUUGGAUAAUGGUAGAUUCAAAGUCAGCCUACCGUUUUUCUCAAGCAAAAGACCACCGAAUAAUUUCAACAAAGCAAUAGAACAUCUUGAUCGUUUGCAAUCUCGUUUGAACAAAAAAGGUCUUUUGGAACAAUAUGAAUCAGAAUUAAUGAAAUACGUUGAAAAUAACCAUGCCGAAAUUAUUAAUGAAACAGAUGGAUAUUUUAUUCCACAUCAUGAAGUUGAACGACCUGAUGCCGCGACUACCAAGUUCCGAAUUGUAUUGAACGCGUCAUUUGGUUGGAAUUCAUUGAACGAUUUGCUUUGGAAAGGUGAAUCAUUGAAUUUGAAUACAUUGCCUCAUCUUGUGAGAAUUAGAAUGGCACCGUUUCUAUGCAUUGGUGAUUUACAGAAAGCGUUUCUACAAAUCGUUAUUGAUGAAUCUGAUCGCCAAUAUCUACGAUUUUUAUGGAAAGAUCGCAAUGAUCAACUGAUGAUAAUGCAAAUGAUCGUAUUGCCAUUUGGUGUUAUUAGUGCUCCAGCAAUAUUAACACAAGUUGUGUCAAUCAUUAUUAACAACAUGUCGUCGAAUUCACGAAAUGUUUUGGAAAAUUCUAUGUAUAUGGACGAUUUGCUCGCCGUAUCCCAUUCAGAAUCUUUGUUGAUGAACGUAAUGAAUGAAGCAAAAUCAUCGUUUGAAUCGUCUGGUUUUGUUUUACAUAAAAUGGUAUCGAAUUCUACAUUUAUUCGUGAUUGUUUUGGAAUCGAAUCGUCAAGCUGUAAAUUGCUUGGUCUGGUAUGGAAUUGUAUCAAUGAUUAUUUGAAUAUUAAUUGGAAGAUUCCUGAUAAAAUUGAUACUAAACGAAAAUUAUUACGAUUUAUUGGUCAAUUAUUUGAUCCUUUAGGAUUCUGUGAACCUGUAAAAUUAUUGUUUCGAAAAGAAUUUGCUAUGAUCCAGGAUAAGGAUUGGGAUGAUGAUCUAAAUGAAGAUAUUGUAUCCAAAAUCAAUGAUCUCACAAUUGGAUUAAACGAAUUGAAUAAACUCAUAUGA